GAUAUCUUAAAUAUACUGAAGGUCGCUAUUUCCUGAACUGAACUCAGCUGAACUUUAGAAAAAGAAACAGAAAGUAAAUUUUCAUCGACGGUACUUUCAGACAAUGCCCCAAGACGAAGUUAACAGCGAUCUUUUUGUCUUAAAAACUUAAUAAAGCGUGAAAUCAUCUCGGUGAGAUCUGCAGCGGUUCAUUUUUUCUUCAUCCAGCGACCAUGAAGCCAGUUUAUGGGAUUUUACUGAUUUUACUGAUUUUACUGAUUUUUCUCAGCGACGCAGGCUCAUGUGAAACAGUUAAAGCUGGAAAAGGUGAAACCGUUGUUCUGCAGUGCAGCCUGAGGGCCGCGGACAAAAUAAAGAGAGUGGAGUGGAUGUGCAACAAAAAAGAAGUGCACCUCUACAGAAGAGGGCAGGAUGAUCUAAAACAUCAGGAUGACAGUUACAAAGGCAGAACAUCUCUCUUCCCCAAUGAAAUGAAGAAAGGAAAUAUUUCACUGAAAAUAACCAACGUAACUGAGCGGGAUGUGGGAAAUUACAUCUGCCGCGUUAAGGUGGAAAACUCUGAUGACGAAAGACAAUGCAACAUUACCCUCACACUUGACGAAAAUAAAGGGAAAAUGAAACACUUGAAUUCUGAUGCAAAACCAACACCAGAUCCAAAACCAACACCAGAUCCAAAGUCACCAGAUCUUAGUAAGCAAAGGCAAAAUAUUGAUGAUUUGAUUAUUUUGACUUGCCUUGAAUUUGCU